GGUACUGUCUUCCAAUCCAAAGAUUCGGAUUAUGCACGACCAAACGUCGACCUUUCUUCGCCCGAUAAAUCCGAUGUUUGAUAGAUGACUCGAACAAUGACUCGACGACUGGGUAUAAAGCCCACUAUCACCUCUUUCCUGACUACAAGAUAUCAUGGCCGCCUGGAAAUCUGUAGGAAAUGGGACCUUGGAAGGCAUUUCCAGUGUCCCAGAUCUUGAUGCGUCCAAGCUCACUAUCACACUCGCUAAAUCUCUCAAGCCUGUGCCUACACCGGAAUCCCUAGUGUUCGGGUCGGUGGUCACAGACCAUAUGCUCGUUGUUAGCUUCGACCCUUCCACGGGAUGGUCUGCGCCCGAGAUCAAACCUUACGCGCCUCUGUCGUUGGACCCGACGAGCUCUUGCUUCCAGUAUUGCACCAGCGUCUUCGAAGGCAUGAAGGCGUACAUAGGUCCAGAUGGAAAGGCACGCCUCUUCAGACCCGAAAAGAACAUGGUGCGCCUGGCACGGUCUGCAGAGCGCUGCGCGCUUCCCCCAUUCAACCAGGAUGCCGUCCUGGCCCUCGUCAAGCGCCUUGUCUCGGUCGAGAAACGCUGGAUUCCAGCCCUCGAAGGAUACAGCCUCUACAUCCGACCCACCAUGAUCGGCACCCGCGCGGCUCUAGGAGUGGCAGCUUCUGACCACGCCUUGCUGUACGUCGUCGUCACUCCUGCGGGUCCCUAUUUCAAACAGACUCCUGCAAAGCCUAUAUCCCUCCUCGCUGUAAGCAACAGUGUGCGCGCGUGGCCCGGAGGGACCGGAGAACACAAGCUAGGACUCAACUACGCACCUGGAUUACUUCCCCAGCGUAUCGCAGUGAAGAAGGGGUACGACCAGAUCUUGUGGGUCCUAGACGAUGUGGUUACGGAAGCUGGUUUGAUGAAUGUGUUUGUUGUCAUCAAAAGGGAGGGCGGGGAUGGAAUUGAUGUCGUAACUCCGGAACUCGACGGAACCAUUCUCCCUGGAGUGACGAGGAUGUCAGUACUGGAGCUUUUGCAGAAAGAUGGAAUGUCAGUGGCGGAAAGGAAGGUGACGAUGACAGAGUUGAGAGCAUUGAGUGUCCAGGAGAGACUGUUAGAAGUGUUUUUGGUGGGCACGGCGGUUCUUCUGGCUUCGGUCGGGAGGAUUGGACUGGAAAGUGGAGAGGGAGACUUGGUCUUGCCUGGACCAUCGCCUGUCGCAGAUGCGAUGAAGAAGAGGCUGUUGGAAAUUCAAGAAGGAAGAGUGGAAUACGAGAACUGGUCCGUUGUUUGCGAUGACCAUUGAAGUUAACUAUCUCGUUGAGCUGAAUGUUACAUUCGUUUUUACGUUGAUUGGCAAGCCGUCUGCGUUAUCAUGAGAGCGUCGCAAAGAUGCAAUUCAAGUAAACAAAGCACCACUCAACAGUAUGGCGGGUAAAAUGAAGUAUAAUCUUUCAAUUGUUCACAUAUUGACAUAGCAUUGUUAUGUCCAGCGUCUGUGCCGGAAAGGAAAUCACAAUACAAAAUCAUAAAU